UUAUUUUUACACACACACUGACAAAUACAAUACCUUCUACAACGAAAAGACACUCCACUUUCUUCUUGUAUGGGGCUGUGGUGGAGUUAUUAAAUCUUUGUUUGGCGCUGAGCUCAAAAAACUCAAAACACAACCAGCAGAGGACGACAGAACUACUUCCGCCCUCCUCAUGUGACUAGCCAAUCAGCUUCAAGAACUACUUCCGCCCUUCUCAUGUGACUAGCCAAUCAGCGUCCAGAACACUGGAGCGGUGGGCGGGACUAUAGCAAAAGGCAAACAUGGCGUCCUUAGAUGAUGAUUUUGAGUCUGAUAACCAGGACUACUACUCUCUACUCAACGUCAGGAAAGAGGCUACAUUGGAGGAGCUAAAGGCGUCAUAUCGGAGGCUGUGUAUGCUCUACCAUCCUGACAAACAUCGAGACCCAGAGUUGAAAAGCCAGGCUGAACAGCUUUUCACCCAGGUGCACCAGGCAUAUGAAGUGCUCAGUGAUGCUCACUCCAGAGCCAUCUAUGACCUCUUUGGGAAGAAAGGGUUGGAGGUGGAAGGCUGGGAGGUGGUGGAGAGGAAGAGAACUCCAGUAGAAAUCCGAGAGGAGUACGAAAGGCUGCAGAGAGAAAGAGAAGAGCGGAGACUGCAGCAAAGAACUAACCCCAAGGGCACCAUCAGCGUGGGUGUGGAUGCAACGGACCUGUUUGACCGCUAUGAUGAGGACUUUGAAGAGAUGCCAGGAGGAGGAUUUCCUCAUAUUGAAAUCAACAAGAUGCAUAUUUCCCAGUCCAUAGAGGCUCCUUUGACGAACUCUGACACGGCAGUGCUGUCUGGUUCGCUCUCUACGCACAAUGGGAACGGAGGGGGCAACAUUAACAUGACCGUACGGAGGGUUACGUCAGCCAAGGGCUGGGGAGAGGUGGAGUUGGGUGCAGGAGACAUACUCGGACCUCUCGUUGGGUUAAAGGUGUUUCGCAACAUCACUUCACGGUGUUUCCUGACAGCCCAGUGCGGUUUGCAGUUUUCUCCUCGAGGUUUGCGGCCGAGCUGUUCUCUGAUGACGGCGCGCCACCUGGACCAGAACACCAUGGGUUACCUGCAGUGGCGCUGGGGGCCCAACAGCGCCAUGACCACCAGCCUGGUCCGAGACACAAAGAGCAGCCACUUUACUCUAGCUCUGCAGCUGGGUGUGCCUCACUCCUACCUGAUGAUGAGCUACCAGUUCAAGUUCCAGGAUGAGGACCAGACCAAAGUGAAAGGCUCUGUGAAGACAGGCUGGUUUGGUACCGUGGUGGAAUAUGGAGCAGAGAGGAAGAUCAGCCGACACAGUGUCCUGUCAGCCACUGUCAGCAUCGGGGUCCCUCAGGGAGUCACACUCAAGAUCAAGUUGUCGCGCGCCAGUCAGACAUACCUGUUUCCAGUUCACCUAACGGAUCAGCUGCUGCCCAGUGCUGUCUUCUACGCCACCGUGGGACCCGUGCUGCUCUACAUGGCCAUCCACAGACUGAUCAUCAUCCCCUAUACACAUGCACAGAAAGAGCAAGAUCUGGAGCUGCAGAGGAAGAGCUCGGCCACAGACAUCGCCAAGAAGAAGCACGAGGCAGAGUCUGCUGUUCUGCUGAUGCAGGAGUCUGUGAGGAGAAUCAUAGAAGGGGAAGAAUCCAAGAUGGGUCUGAUCAUCCUGAAUGCCUGGUAUGGAAAGUUUGUGUCAGACACCAGCCAGAAGCAGGAGAAAGCAAAGGUCAUCGACGUCACUGUGCCUCUGCAGUGCCUGGUCAAGGACUCCAAACUCAUCCUCACCGAGGCCUCUAAGGCGGGGUUACCAGGCUUCUACGACCCCUGUGUAGGCGAGGAGAAGAGUCUCAAGUUACUGUACCAGUUCAGAGGUGUCAUGCACCAAGUCAUCUCUGCAGACAUCGAGUCGCUACGGAUACCCAAGCAAUCUCACAGAAUUGAGGCCGAGUCCUAGGAGCCCAACGCUGUUGUAGCACCAGAGGGCAAAGAUGCGGAUAAAACAGACUUUGUGUAAAACAGGAGAACCCAAGAAUGGAAGGAGACACGUCAACAAUAAGUCUGUUUCUCUCCUCUGGUCCUCUUCUGUCAUGGUUAUUAGUGAAUCUGUUUAUCGAGUUCCUCCACUCCUCCCUCUCCCGCGGGCCGUCUCCGAGGUUCAGCAGAAUACAGGAGUCAGCUCAGAGUUUCUACAAGGUGUCACCCUUUGUGUCUCUAGUCUGCUACGCCUGACAGGGCUGCUCAAAUAUCUGCCUGCUGCAGGAGAUCAGACACUGGCCCUGAACAUAGUUUUAUAUAUGCACUACACAGAGGGGGCUGAUGGUCACCGCGGACGUGGUGGAACCAUUCCUGUCAACUAUGAGCUAAAAGUGCACAUAAAGAUGUUUCUUGACAUUUCAUAUGUCAAGUAUAUACAAAUGAGCUGUAAUUUUAUCCCAUAUCAUCGUCGUCUUUUGUCCUGUAUGUGUAUCACCCUGGUAGGUUUGAAUCUAAUAACGUUACACCAUGUUUAGAGUACUACUAUGCAGAAUCAUGUCUCAGUGAGCCGGAGGCGGGCCAGGACUGAGGAUUGAUCACCAUGUUUAUGUUGAAAUGUGUGUCUAAUUUAUUAUGCCUUUUAGUGACACGGCUGCUGCUCAUGUGUAAACUGGUGCUCAAAACUGAUAUCUGUGAGGGUUGGGAUGUGGAAGUCGGGAGGAGGGAAAGUGAUGAAGAUGCCCUUUGAUGGUAGCGAUCCAACCGAAGGAGAGACGGGCUUGAAUUCUUCAUACAGAUUUUAUAAAUAAUUCACGGCAGGCUGCAAUUUAUAGGCAGAAGUUCCUCUUCGAUUUGAUUUGCGUCAGUGUUUUAUUGAUUUUUUUCGCUGUGCAGUUGCAGCCCAGCAGAAUUUUCUUACAAUGAUUUUUAAUAACUGAAUGUUAUAGUUUGUACGUCACUGCUGUACAUCCAGGCCCUACGCCGCAGAUAACAGUAGCUACUGGGGGAAAAUGGAUUUGUGAUAAUUUUGCAAAAAAAUGGAGAUAUGAAUUAAGAUUUUGUGGUUGUGAUGCGACCAGUAGAGGGCGUUGGUCAACACUUUCCCUCAUCAAGGUCGUGUUUGCUGCUGAAACUGUGACAGCUUGUGACUGGAGCCGAAUUGAGCCACACUAAAAACAUUUUACAGAUUAUGGCACAUUUAUUAGUUUGACUUUGUUCAGUUUGUACACCAGUCCUGUGCCAUAUAUUUUAAUUUUGAUGUUCUCUGUCCCUCUUCUUUUUAUUUAAAUAUUGAAUCUGCUAAUGCCAUGUCACAUUUUAUACAUGAUAAUGUAUAAGUUGCUAAAACAGUGCUCGUCACUUGGCUGUCUUUUAAUCCAAACAAUGAUUCACCUUUAAUGUAGACAUUUUCUUAUCAGAGCGGUGAGGUUGACAUGGGGAAAUCUAAUAUCCUAUGAUGCACUUUCUGCUCAGAUACAGAUAGGUGUUGCUGCACAGAAGUGCGCAUCAUACUUUCAAUUCACAUAAACCCUAUUUGUGGAUUGACUCUGUAACUACGAAGGCAAAAGGCGAGAGUUAUUAAGUUAUUCCUCAUUUUGUUGGGAGACCCCGUUAUGGGCUUCGGGGGAAUCCCUGAAAACACUAUAGAAACUACUACGGUAGGAUACAAAAGUAUUUUAUUGAAUGCAAAAGGUAAUAUAUUGCACAAAAGUGGAGGUUAGGUUUCAUGGAAGUGGAGCCUCUAAUUAAAGAGUUUACCUCUAAGAAGUUACAACUAGUCUGGUGGACUUUAUACGGUGCCCUCCAUGAUUCAUUUAGUUUUUUUCCCAUUACUGUGUUUGACCUGCAAGGUGUUGGUAGGCUCAAUAAUAAAACCUUUAAGCUUUGAGAUGGAUACGUUUUGGUAUUUAGUUGGAAGGAUGUCCGUCUCUACAGUGAGAUAUAGUCUUGCGUCGGGGUCACUAUUACAGCAGCCAUUUUGCACUGAUUCUGUUUGUAGUAUUUGUCUUCUCUCGUCUGUUUUUAAGUGUGUUGUAAAGUAUUUUGACAGGUCAGCUGGUCAUCUCUGCUCUAGUGCCACCAUGAGGCCAGCAGAGAGACUGCUCCCUGCUGUUACACUCCAGCCCCUCUUCAAACUGACCCUCACUAGUGUGUAAAUGUACCGUAUGUAUGGUUGAGGAGCCUGUGUUCUCUGUCCUGUAAAGACAACAAUAAACAUGAAGCGAUCA